AUGUCGUUCCAACACUCGUCGGCGAUGGAGUCGCAACCGACCACAUGGCGAAGGGAGGACGAUCCGCAGUACGCCGACGACCCAGAGUUCCGCGACUUCGCCUCAAAGCUCGGAGACGACCUAUUUGCCCUUACCAGCGAUGUCGCCCGCCUCGGGUCAGAGACAGCGAAACUGGGGACAUCGCGCGAGACGCCCAGAGUGCGGGAGCGCGUCAGAACAGCCGUGGAAGAGACGUCAGACAAGUUCAAGGACAUUGGAGAGCGGCUGAAGAAGUUGACAACUUGGCCCGAUGUUGGGCCGUCGCAACGCUUCACCCAGUCAAAGCUCAGCCGUGAGUUCAAAGCGACCCUGGACGAGUUCCAGCAGCUCCAGCGCCAGGCCAUCGAGAAGGAGAAGGCGUCCAACUCCGCCGCGCGAGCUGCUCUGCAAGAUGCAUCCUCGCCCACCGAAGAGCGCGGCGGUUUCGAGCAAGAGCAGCAGCAGGAACAGCUGCGAUUGGCAAACCAGGACGACGUCGACUUCCAGGAGCAGAUGAUCAUCGAGCGCGAGUCCGAGAUCCGCAGCAUCGAGCAGUCGGUCGGCGAAUUGAACGAGCUCUUCCGCGAUGUGGCGCACAUGGUGCACGAGCAGGGAGCCCAGCUGGACAUCAUCGAGGAGAACGUGGAAGUCACCCAUGACGCAUCGCGGGGCGCGCAUACUAAUCUGAAGCAAGCGAGCAACUACCAGAAGAGCGCGAGGAGCAAGGCCUGCAUCCUGUUGCUCAUCCUCGCCAUCGUUUUGGUCAUCAUCAUCCUGGCGGUCCUUUUGUAA